UUUUGACAGUCACACUGCGGUUACUCACGCGGCAACUGGAUCCAGCUGUUACAAAAAUUAUUCAUAAAGUAGCUAUAAGAAGAAAACUGGGGACUUAUUAUUACUAUGGCGGCUUGUUCGUACAAGAACAAGGCCGUGAGGCUAAUCAAGUGCUUCUGCGGAUGCUCUGAUAUGACAGUAGAGGAAGUGCAUCGCAUUUACACACUCACAAAUAGUGUUCAUGAAACUUUAUUGGAUGCACCGGCCACCAAACUGUUGUCACGAUUCAUGGAGCUUCGGCGUUCCGGCGAUAAAAACGAAGCUGAACAGUAUUUGGAAAUAUAUGAGAAAUGCGCAGAAUUUCUAAUGGAGGAGCAGCGCACCUUUACCCAGGAUGAGGUUGACGAGUUGGUCGACUUGGGCCUACCGUAUGACUUAGAACAGGAUUUGUCGCGUCGCAUGCUUAGCGGUCAGCGGACAGAAAUCAGUUUGGGGCUUUAUCGGAUCCAGGGCAAGUGCCGUAAUGAGAUCGAGGCUAGCAAUGAUUUCCGAGACUUUCGGAAUGCCAUUUUGGAGAAAAUGCGGCGUGUACCAAAAUGAUCCAUAGAUUUAAUAGUAGAUUUUAGCCGUUAGCCGACUGAUCGGUGCUUUUUGUGUUCACAUUGUAUACCAAAGUGAAAAAUUGGUAAUCCUCACACGAUUAGAUUGUAGUAGUUACCAGUGCCUUCAACGCAUCAUCACCGCACUUAUUUAAGUCUUAAAUCCAACGAAACCGUCCUUUGUAAUAAUAGGACUAUCCAUAGACAUUGGUUAAGUUCCUUAUAUAUUACCCACUUUUGAACAGCUUGAAAAAUCAAAUGUGUCUCUCCUCUUCUUAACGUAUUACUUUGUAAAUUUUAAUGUACAAUAAAUAUUAUACAUUCUUGUUAA